UUCGUUCUAUUUUCAUCUUCUCCCCAGUAUAUCUACUUUUUUUCACACGCUUAAACGGCCAUUAAUACCAAAUUAUAGACCAUAACUGCUCAGAUCUAACUCGGAACGCACCCGAACUUCCAUAAAUUACGAAAAUGGCAAGCGACAGCGACGACGAGGAUGAGCUCCUUCAGAUGGCAUUGAAGGAGCAAUCGCAACGCGAUCUCAACUACCAUAGACCACCGUCGUCGUCUUCUUCCGGUCAGCGGAAGCCGGUGGCCAAUUUCGUGCAGCCACCGAAGAAGACUGCCGGUACUCCGCCCAGGCCGGGGCAUAAUCAGCAGCAGCAGCAAAAGAAGAAAGACACGAGAGUGGUCGAAGAGGACGAUGAUUCGGAGGUGGAAAUGCUCAGUAUAUCGAGCGGAGAUGAGGAGGUGACUAAGUAUCGAGGAGGGGCGAAAGGGAGAGGAGGCGGAGGAGGAAGGGGAGCGAAGGGGGUGGAUGAUAGACCGUGGGAUGGAGAAGAGCCUGAUUGCUGGAAAAGAGUUGAUGAGUCUGAGCUUGCUCGUAGGGUUCGUGAAAUGCGAGAGACAAGAACAGCACCAGUAGCUCAAAAGUAUGAGCGGAAACCUUCAGCAGCAGUAGUAAGAAAGGGGCUUAACAGUCUACAGUCUUUCCCUCGUGGUAUGGAAUGUAUAGAUCCACUAGGGUUGGGGAUUAUAGAUAACAGAUCUUUAAAGCUGAUCAUUGAAUCAUCAGAAAGCUCUCCAAGAUCUGACAGAGAAUUUGUGGAUAAUAAUCUUCGUGAAAAGUUGAUACUUUUCUCUGAAAAGUUUGAUCCAAAGCUUUUUCUAUCCCGAAUCCAUCAACGUACCAGUGCAGCAGACCUAGAGUCCGGUGCUCUUGCUUUAAAAUCCGAUCUUAAAGGACGUACACAACAAAGGAAACAACUGGUUAAAGACAAUUUUGACUGCUUUGUAUCUUGCAAAACGACGAUUGAUGAUAUCGAAUCAAAAUUGAAACGAAUUGAAGAAGACCCUGAAGGUUCUGGGACUUCUCAACUGUACAAUUGCAUGCAAGGCGUGAGCUCACUGGCCAAUCGCGCUCUUGAGCCUCUAUUUGAGAGACAGGCUCAAACUGAGAAGAUCAGAUCUGUCCAAGGAAUGCUUCAGAGGUUCCGAACGCUAUUUAACUUGCCAAGUACUAUUCGUGGCAGCAUUAGUAAGGGUGAAUAUGACUUGGCUGUAAGGGAAUACAAAAAGGCGAAGUCAGUUGCUCUGCCCUCUCAUGUAAAUAUACUGAAACGUGUUCUAGAAGAGGUUGACAAAGUGAUGCAUGAGUUCAAGGGCACACUUUACAAACUGAUGGAAGAUCCACAAAUAGACCUUACAAAUCUCGAGAACACUGUGAGGCUGUUGUUGGAGCUGGAACCCGAGUCAGAUCCUGUAUGGCAUUACUUAAAUGUGCAGAAUAAUAGAAUUCGAGGUUUGCUUGAAAAAUGCACUUUAGAUCAUGAAGCUAGAAUCGAGACUUUGCAUAUCCAGAUGCGAGAAAGAGCUCUCUCUGAUGCAAGGUGGAGUCAAAUGCAACAAAAUCUAAAUCCAUCUUCAGAUGUCAGCAAUGACAUUCCUCUGCAAGUAGACUCACAAGCAAUAGAAUUGACUGGUGAAGAAGUUGACACUCUUAGAGGAAAGUACAUUCGAAGGUUGACUGCUGUAUUGAUCCAUCAUAUACCAGCCUUCUGGAAAGUUGCACUUUCUGUUUUCAGUGGGAAAUUUGCCAAGUCUUCCCAAGUUUCUGCUGAAUCAACUGUUCACACUUCAGCAAAUAAAGCUGAGGAAAAAGUUGGAGAUGUGAGGUACUCAACACAUUCUAUUGAUGAAGUUGCUGGAAUGGUUCGCAGUACUAUAUCUGCAUAUGAAGUGAAGGUUCACAACACAUUUCGUGAUCUUCAAGAAUCAAAUAUCCUUCGGUCUUAUAUGAGUGAUGCCAUAAACGAAAUAUCCAAAGCCUGCCAAGCUUUUGAAGCAAAAGAGUCGGCUCCACCUACUGCUGUCAUGGCACUCAGAACUCUUAAGGCAGAGAUUACGAAGAUUUAUAUACUUAGGCUUUGCUCUUGGAUGCGAGCAAGGACGGAAGAGAUAUCAAACGAGGAAACAUGGGUUCCUGUAUCCAUUCUUGAAAGGAAUAAAUCUCCAUACACAAUCUCUUUCUUGCCUCUAGCAUUCCGCUCAGUUAUAGCCUCUGUGAUGGAUCAAAUCAAUUUGAUGAUCCAGUCCUUGAGGGUUGAAGCAAGAAAAUCAGAAGAGAUAUUUUCACAACUUCAAGAAAUUCAAGAAUCAGUUAGACUUGCCUUCUUAAACUGUUUCCUGGAUUUUGCUGGUCAUUUGGAAGAAAUUGGGAUCGAGCUUGUCCAAAACAAAUCAAGCAAAGAGACUCUGCAUUUGCAGAAUGGAUAUACUCAUGAAUCUGAAGACAAGUUGUCUCUUAAUAUCCCUGGAAGUGUUGUUAAUUCACAUCAGCAAUUGCUGAUAGUGUUAAGUAAUAUUGGAUACUGCAAAGACGAACUUGCUUAUGAGUUGUACAAGAAGUAUAAAAGUAUUUGGCAUCAAUCUAGGGAAAAAGAAGAUGACGGUGAUAUACUAGAUCUGGUGAUGUCCUUCUCUGGUCUUGAAGAAAAGGUCCUUCAGCUGUAUACUUUUGCAAAGGCAAAUAUGAUCAGAACAGCAGCUAUGAACUAUUUGCUUAACUCUGGUGUUCAAUGGGGAUCUGCACCUGCUGUCAAAGGCCUUCGUGAUGCAGCUGUAGAGUUAUUGCACACUCUAGUAGCUGUGCACUCAGAGGUCUUCACUGGUGCUAAGCCUCUCUUGGAUAAGACACUUGGCAUUCUUGUGGAAGGUUUAAUUGAUACGUUUCUGAGCCUUUUCCAUGAAAACAAAAGCAAAGAUCUUAGGUCACUUGAUGCAAAUGGUUUCUGUCAGCUCAUGCUUGAGCUUGAAUACUUCGAGUCCAUAUUGAAUCCAUAUUGUACGCCUGAUGCAAGGGAGUCACUGAAGUCCUUGCAAGGUGUGCUCUUAGAAAAAGCAACUGAGAAUGUUACUGAAGCUGUUGAAAACCCAGGGCAUCAACGGCGAUCAACUCGCGGGAGUGAAGAUGCACUUGAUGACAGGCAACAAGGGACGACCAACUCUCCAGAUGACCUGAUUGCUCUUGCUCAGCAGUGUAGCGCUGAAUUGCUUCAAGCAGAACUUGAGAGAACACGAAUCAAUACAGCAUGUUUCGUGGAGUCAAUUCCCUUGGAUUCGGUGCCAGAACCUGCAAAAGCUGCUUACGGCUUCCAAGGAUCAAAGGAUUCUCCCGGCAGAAACUACAGAGGCACACAAGCAAUGGGAUCCCCAGGUUUUUCUCGGCAUAGGCGUCGAUGAUUUAGUCAUUGUUGGUAAUUGCAAGUUUUGUUUUUACAAUUUUCCCCAUAUGUAUGUGCAAUUGUUGUAUCGUAUAAUCAUUGAUAUAUCCAAUUGAAUGAAAUCCAUAUUCUUUCCA